GAGGUCUUUAUGUUUAUCAUGUGUUGACAUCAAAGUCUGCUUUGCCCUCUCUUAAAUGUACUUAUUUAAUGUUUCCAAAGAGCGAGAAAGAAAGGGCGAAAAGGAAAAAAUAACCAUGAGCUUUCAAAUUUAUUUCGUCGCUCGGUGCUUGAAGAAGAUCACGGCUAAGUCUUCCAUUUCGAGGCUCUGAACUCCAUUGAAAUUAACACUUUGUUCUGCUAUCCCCGAGGAAAUACACAACUUUAGACGUUUGGACUACAUAUGCAUAUUUUAUGCUAUGAUAAUCAUAUUAACAGGAACCAAGGUCCAUUGCAAACUCUGCAAGCAAUAAGAUUCAGCGGCCAGGCACGCCUGAAUUAUGUAAAGAGGUUGUCUCAGCGGCAACACGCGAACGAAAAUGGGCCAGCAGAUUAGCGUGGAAACCCUUUGUGGACAAGAUGAGGAUUUUGGAGGGCGAUACUGGUGCAGUUUUGAACCAUACCCAUAUCGGGUUGGUCCUCGGAAGCUUUCAUAUAUGGGCAUUCUUAACGGUGAGGGACCACGGAGAGGGGACAGGUGCCUAGUGAAGGCAUUCCGACAGGGCUGUGCCAUGAAGGAGGAUUGGAACCACGAAGUUGAACGAGCCAAAAUGGCCAAAUCUUUAGCGGUGGAGUUCAACAAAGAGAUGGCCGAAAUUGGUCAGCGAGUGAAUCUGUUGUUCCAUACGCCGAUGCUGGUUGAAAUCGACGAAGUGUCCUCUUAUAUGUGCAUUGCGUUGCUGCUGGGAAAGCCAAGGAAGAAAAUCCGGGAGCUCGAGUACGUGUCAGUUGAACCAUACCUUCAAGGCAAAUUCCAAAACUUUAAUAGUUCUAAGACAAAAAUGUUCGAUUCCAUGGUCAUGAAUGCGUUUUCUCACUACACAUGGUGCUGCACGCAAGGCGAGUGCGUAGUAACUGGAAUGAAAGGCGUGAAGCGGUUUGAGGACUAUCAUCUGACCACCCCAGUCAUUCACUCACGUGAAGGCGCAUACGGCCGCACGGACCUGGGACAAAUGGGGAUCGACAAUUUCUUCGCCAACCACCAGUGUAAUAACUUUUGCCGGGAUCUUCCCAGGCUGGACGAACUUGGCUGCUUUCCGAAAGACUGCGAUCUGGAUCUUGUUGCUUUCCAGCUGGAGAGCGCAGGUGGUAUUUUUACCAAAAAGAUGAAAUCGAACAUUCCUGUUAUUCCUAGAAUUGGCUCCACCGUGCAUUGCAAUAAACCUAGUCACUGUGUUUGCGAGUUCUUCCGCCUACCUUGCCCGCACAGAAUUGAACACACGUCAGGUCUAAUCUACGCCAUUAACCGCUCGUUUGUACAAGAAAAAAUAAGAUGAAUUUUGGAAAAAAAAAUCUUGCACGUACCAUUUGAAAAAAUAAUACAAUUUUACAUUGAUUAUUACGCAUAUCAUAUACUAUAGCAUUAUACGGAUACCUUAAGGUGCUGUAACAGAUUAAUCUUUGGAAUCUUUCCAAUGCCAGUUACUUAAAAAUGUAUACAAAACUCAUUAUAUACCGCUAUAUUAUUACUACUUAUAAUCAUGGAUUAUUCCGCUUUUGCUUUGCUGAGUGUGCGCAAAGCCAUUUUUGCACAAUGUCGCUGAUUAUUAUGAUUUUUAAAAUAGUCGAUUCUUGAUUUUAACCAAUGUUGGGUCGUUUUUCAAUGCAUUAUCCUAGUUUUAGAAAUUCCGUCCUUUUUUGAGUGAUGAUUGUUUUGUUGUUGUCGUUUUUGAUUUUUUUUCCGUCGUUUUUUUUUUAAAUUGCGCAUACUCGUAGUGACCAGUAGCUGUUUUUGAACACGGGGAAAUAAAAUGGUAUGGUUGAUUUGCUCUAAAGUUUUUUUUUUAUUAUACUUUUAACUUGAUUGAAAUCCACAUACAGAAAUGGCAUCGGUUAUAUGUGAUAUUAAUUUACUAGUAACUAGAAAGCUGGUCUUUCAGAAAAUAAUGUGAUGUUAUUUUGGGUGUUUUUUUUUCAACGUGAUAUUAUUUGAUGUGGUUUAUCUAUACGCCGACAUCUUUGUUUUGCGUUGCGCUCCACGCAAAAGAAUUUCAGGAUAUUAUUCAAUGUUGUUUAUUGAAUUGGAUUGUUAUAUACAUGUACUUUGUUUUGAUAACGAAGAUAACAAUUGUUUUAUACCUGCAUAAAAUGUGUGCUUUAAUUGGUUAAUUAAAACUGUUAUUUAAUGAACUGAUAAAUAGAUACAAAUGGACAUCAUAAAUGACUUGUCACAAGAAGUUAUAGCCAGUGGUUAGAUAUACAUCAGUUCAUACAAUGUAUCUCUGUAAUAUUGAUACAAAUAUUGUGAAAAAAAAAUACAGACAAUUCCAUUUAC